AUGUCUCCGUUUCACUCUUUUGUCCUGUUUGCUGGUGUUCUAUUUCAUAUUACAUACGGUUAUGUUGAUUUCGGAUCCUUGACUCUUCCUAUUGAACCCAUUUACCAACCUACUCCGAGACCGAACCAGUUGCCUGGCGACUAUGAUCUUCGCUAUGAGGUUCUUCCCUCGAUGAUCACGGCCGUUGCCCCUUCAGUCACGAUCGCGGGAAAUGGAAGCCACCAAACCAUGUACAGCCUCCAUUAUCACCAUUACUUCAGCAAGACACGGCAAGGAAGGGGUAUUUUCGACAAGCGCGGAGUGUUUGCGAGCGAUCCGCCCAUUGCAACAUGCACUCCUUGUGGAGGUGGAACUGUAAGCUAUAGUGGUUCCAGCACAGCUUCUUCUACUUUGUCUUGCACGACCAUUACAUAUCAUGGCGUCUUUGAUUUUCCCCCAUCGACGACAGGUGCAUACUGCUACGAUACAAAUUACAGUGGCGUGUUCCAACCGAGUACUUCGUCCUCCUCUGGCCUGCCUUGUUGUUUCACGAUCCCUGCAUCAUGUCGAAUCAACAGCACAUUGAGCACCACUAGCACAUCUUUCAUGGCCUCGACUGGAGUCUUUCGGCCGACAACCUCCUCUACUACAACGGCGUUCAGCUUCGCAACUACAACAUCCAGAUUUUCCCUGACCACAGCAAGCAACUCCGGUGGAUCUUCUUCUCAGUCUCAAGGCCCCAUACUUAACAGUGGUAGUUCGCUAACAUCUACAAGGAGAACAGUAACUGUCAUCAGCGGAACCACAGUAGUCAUCACGACUACUUCCACUUCGACUUCAGCUGUGACAGCAACUACAAGCAUGGCAAGCUCUUCUCUAUUGUCCAGUCAGCCAUAUACCUCUCCAACGUCAAGCCCCGCUACCAGCACCACCAGCUUGUCGAUCAUUGUCGUCUCAAGCACGACUAUAACGAUCACAAACUCCGGUACCGUCGCUUCAACCGUCAGAAGGGGAACAUCCUCUUCACUGUCUACAUUGACCGUAAUCACCGGCACCGCGUCAAGCGCAUCAUUGACUUCGACUUCGGUUUCGCGCAUUACAACAACAGUGCCAAAUACCAUCAUAGGCUGCGGGCAAGCUUCAGGAAGUGGCAUCGUCAUGGGCACAGGCACAAUAUACCUAGGAGGCACGCCGAUAGUCACCUCGGGAACUGCAAGUGGCUCAGCGAGCAAUAUCUCUGGCUGCGGCACUAUCAUUGCUACGAAUGGAACGUUCACAGGGUCUGCUGAGAUUACUGGCUGUGGUUCGGGCUCUGGCACCGGUACACUGACUGGCACCGGGACAGUUUGGCCAGUCUACGGAGGUGGACAUAUCUCGUUUGUCACCUCGGGCACGGUCAGCGGCAAUGGUAAUUUCAGUGGUUGCGGAACCUUGACCGGCUCCGGCACCUUCGUCGCAACAUCAGGGUCACCCGUAGUGAUCACGCCAUCCACCACUCCGACUCCGACGUCCAGACCGAUCAGGACCGUCAGCGUAUAUCUCUCCCACUGCCCAGAGUCCACCAUGGGCACAAACGACAUCCUGCGCCUUGCCAGUGGCUCCAACGUGACGUCCUUCUCCAGACCAAACUUCAACAUGAUCUCUUCUUCAUCGUCUUCCACUAAUUCCACUGUUCUCCCCGCUAGCAACUCCACUGUUGGCAACCCCCUGUGCCAGACCUGCCCUAACUCGGUUGGAAUCUGCUGCCCGCCGACCGUGCACUGCUCGGCGGACGACGGCAAAUGUCCGCUCUACGCGCUGGAGAACUCAGGCAAUACGAUUAAUGGGUACUUGAUUGCGCAGGUGAUGAACAGCUCUGCGCCCGUGGCGGGACGCAAGAAGAUCAGAGCGCUUGAGAAGAAGCGUGAUAAUGUGGGAAAGGGGUUCGGAGGCAAGGACUUGGUCGCGCUGGAAGUCGAAGUGGAGAGGCAGUUACAAAGACACCAGGAGAAGAGGGCGCAUAGGAAACAGUUUUAG